CGACAAGCAUGUGAGUUCUUGAAUGCCGCCGGGCAUUGUGUCAUGCAUCCAACUGGUUCUUAAUUAUGAAUAUUUAUCUCUAUGCUGAUUCCCAGCACUCUUCUCAUCUACGCAUUACCAACACUGCAUUUCUGCAAUUUGCCAAUUGCUGACUCAACAGAAUAUCUUCCUAUCCUACCUAUCCUACCUAUCCUAGAAUCUCUAUACGACAAUAAUUUGAAGCAUGACACUCCUUCAAACCAUCCUCCGUACAACCGCAUUCCGUAACCCGCUGCUACGAACGCUCGUCCCCACCGUCGCGCUUGCAUACGGGAUUCAAACCGCGGUGGCCGUGCCCUCGAUUGCCGCCAAAUCAGAACGGUUUUACGAUCUUUCGGGCAGCUUGACGUAUCUGUCCUGCACAGCCUUGAGCCUUUUCCUACCAUACUUACGAGCGAGGUCCGCAGGCAAUGUCGCUGGAGGACUAGCUGAGUAUCUGAGUCCGCCAGCGCCGGGGCAAGGCGCGUGGUGGUGGCGACAGGCGGUGUUGAGUGUGGCGGUUGGGGUAUGGGCUACGAGAUUGGGAUCAUACCUCUUCCAACGCAUCACCUCAGAUGGCCACGACUCCCGCUUCGACUCCAUCCGCGGCUCCGCUGUGAAAUUCUACGCUGCUUUCUUCGCGCAAGCAACAUGGGUCUCGCUCUGCCUCCUCCCCGUCAUCGCCAUCAAUUCCCUCCCUCGCUCUGCAUUCGCCCUCUCCCGCAUCCAGAACGUGACGAGUAGUAUCCCUGUCCCCAUCUCUGCAAAACCAUACUGGACCGACAUCCUUGGUCUCUCGCUCUUCCUCUUUGGCCUAACUUUCGAGAUCAUCGCCGACCGCCAAAAGUCACAAUGGGCAAAAGAAAAGAAAGAAAAGAAACACAGCGAAGAAUUUCUAACCCGGGGAUUAUGGUCGAAGUCCCGGCAUCCGAAUUAUUUCGGUGAGUCCACUUUGUGGACGGGUAUUGCUGUCGCUGCCGGCGGUCUACUUGUUCGGAACUCGGCCCAGGUGGGGCUGAGGUUGAAUGGUCUUGGGGGCAGGAUUGUGGUGUUGAGUAUGUGUGCGGCGAGCCCGGGUUUUGUGACGUUCUUGUUGUUGAAGGUGAGUGGGGUGCCGUUGAGUGAGAAUAAGUAUGAUAAGAGGUAUGGGGAUCGGAAAGAUUAUAAGGCGUGGAAGGAGAAUACGCCGAUGUUUUUGCCAAAGUUUUGAGGGGUGGUUGAGCGGUGUUUGGGCUCUGUAGUGUCGAGUUAUACGAUUAGUAUGGUGUGAAGUGGAGUAGAAUCUCAUGUCGAGGGAAUUGGGUUGCACAUGCGUAUGAGGCUAUGUUGAUAUUUACUCCGAAUGGUCGACAUCU